ACGGUUCAUGACGCGUAGGACAUUCGACGUUUGUUUGGACGAUUAAGUUUGCGAAAAAGCUUUUGGUUUACUCGUAUGUAAAGCGGCCUGUGAUAAUUUAACAAUCGUAGUUACACAUAAUGAUUGAGACGCAAAGAAUACUUGAAUGAGUGACACCGGCAGCGAAUCUGAGGAGGCGACAGAGCAUACCGCACUCAUGGACGGCCACAUCGCUGAAGCCCGCCCCGAUCGGGUGAUUGCAGAACGUAUAGCGAAAAAGCGAAAAACUAAAACUGAAAAUCAACGGUCUUAUGGUAGUGUUGAAGGCAUUUCUGGUGGUGGAUCGGGGGCAGCUAGCAGCUCGGCCAACAACCCCCCUCCACCGCCACCCCCUGCUGAGCCACAGUUAGAGGAGCUGGAACUGAAAUAUGGAGCCCGCCAUGUCAUCAAAUUGUUUGUGCCCGUCACUCUGUGCAUGCUCGUUGUUGUUGCAACAAUAUCCUCAAUCAAUUUCUAUUCAGUCAAAGAUGUUUAUUUAGCAUAUACACCCUUUCAUGAGGAGAGUCCAUAUGCAGUGACAAAAGUAUGGAAUGCUUUGGCCAACUCACUGAUCCUACUGAGUGUCAUCGCCUUGAUGACAGUAUUGCUCAUAGUAUUGUACAAGAAGAGAUGCUACAAAAUUAUUCACGGAUGGCUCAUCCUGUCAUCACUCAUGCUGCUGUUCUUGUUCUCAUAUUUAUAUAUCGAGGAAGCAUUGAGAGCAUACAACAUACCAAUGGACUACAUAACUCUGGUGUUUGGGAUGUGGAACUUUGGUGUGGUGGGCAUGAUUGUGAUCCACUGGAAGGGCCCGCUGCGGCUGCAGCAAGCGUACCUGAUCUUCAUUGCGGCGCUGAUGGCACUUGUCUUCAUCAAGUACCUGCCUGAGUGGACCACGUGGGCUGUUCUAGCUGUUAUAUCUAUCUGGGAUUUGAUAGCAGUAUUAACGCCAAAAGGUCCACUACGAAUACUCGUAGAAACAGCACAAGAACGAAACGAACCUAUAUUCCCAGCUUUAAUUUAUUCAUCGACUGUGAUGUACUGCCUCGCGGCGACGACAACUAGCGGCGGUGCGGGCGCGGGCGCGGAGGACGAGGCGGCCGACACGCGGCCAGGUGAGCCGCGCGAGCUGCGCCCUCUGCAUCCGCACGGCGGCGGUAGCGGCGAGGGCGGCGACGCGGCCGGGUUCGACGCGGCGUGGCGCGCGCGGGCGACGGCGCAGCGCCGCAUGCGCGUGGACGCGCUGCCCGCGCCCGGCGCCGCGCAGCCCGCGCGCUACAGCACGCGGCUGCAGCCCAGCGCCGCCUCCAACACUCUCGAGGAGGAAGAAAAGGGCGUGAAGCUCGGACUGGGCGACUUCAUAUUCUACAGCGUGCUGGUCGGCAAGGCCAGCUCGUACGGCGACUGGAAUACUACACUCGCGUGUUUUGUAGCCAUAUUAAUUGGUUUGUGCCUCACACUACUUCUACUAGCGAUACUCAAGAAAGCGUUGCCGGCGCUCCCCAUCUCAAUAACAUUCGGCUUGAUAUUCUACUUCGCCACGAGAUGCGUCGUCAAACCGUUUGCAGACGCGCUGGCGGCCGAGCAAGUGUUUAUUUAGCAACCGGCUUUCUCCUUCGUAGAUAGACUUGUUCAUAUACAAUAGAUGUAUGGUUAACACACGCUGUUGAAGUUUGCCUUUCAUACAACUUACUAUGUUUUAACUAAUUACUGUAGGGCUCAAAUGCCAAACUUUUAUUACAAAGAUUUAUGAGGAGGAUCGACGAUACAGGUACGAAAAUUGUGGCGUUCAAGUUAAAAUGAUAAGUGUAGAAAUUAGGAGAUAGCGCGGAAAAGUGAAUUGAAUAUUUAAUGCAAUAAAUUGAGUAAGACACCAAUAGUGUUAAUAAUUCCUUUGUACAUAGUAAUAUUUAUUGAAAAUAAAAAGUAUUAUGAAUAUAA